AUGUCCAAUAAGAAGGUGAAGGGCCUUCUUAAAGGCCUUAGAUAUAUAUCUCAAAUAUUUGAAAAUGAAAAAGAACAAGAAAUACAAAUUGGAUGUCCUACAGAUGUAAAGCAUGUGGCCCAUAUAGGAUGGGAUGGACCCUCUGUAAAUUCCCCUAGCUGGAUGAAUGAAUUUAAAACCACUCAAGGAUUUGCAUCAGCACCAAUGACUCUUACAGGAGAUGCACAAAAUAAAGCACAAGAUAAUCCAGUUAAAUGGACUUCAGAAGAUUCAAAGAGACAAAGUUCAAGGAGUGUGAAUUCUCAAACUCAAGGGAGAGAUUUGCCUGAAUUGCCAAAAGCAUCAAGAAAACAAACAAAUGGUAACACAAUAGAUUCUCCAACAAGAGAAAGGCCAAGACAAAGAAAAACAUCAUCCAACAAACCCUCAAACCUCAAAGAAUCUUCAGAUGGAUCCAAACAAAUCCAACAACAACAACAACUCGUCUCUAAUGAUUCAGAAAUCCAACAAUUAGACGGGUCAGAGGCUCAUAAUCUUCAAGAAAUUCCGAAAAAGACUCGCCGAAAGAAGUCCAAAGAUAAAGAAAAUUUAAGUGGUGGAUCAUCUAAAUUGAGAGUGAAAGCUCAAAAAUCAUCGGAUUCGAAUUUGGAUUAUGGAUCUCCAUCUUCAAAGCCUAGGAACAUACCAAGUUCCUUUGAAGAAAAUGAGAAUUAUGAAAGAGGAAUGACUACGGUAUCUUGA